AUGGAAUUGAAGAUAUUUUCUAGUUUGAGGAAUUGGCUGGCUAUUGUCUUCAAGGCCUUUGCUUCUUCAGGUUGCGAAGAAGUUCAUUCUGAACCUAGUGCAUCCACUUCUGCGUGUACUUCCAUCAUUGAUCCUUCUUCUCCUCUAUUCCUUUCAUCUUCCGAUGUUCCUGGUAUUUCCCUCACUAUACCAUUCUCAGAGGUUGGGUUUGGGAGGAUGGAAUUGCAAUGGGAUCGUUGUAAUAAUAUGGUCAUUUCAUGGUUAACCCACUCGUUAUCACCUGAUAUAGUUGAAAGUGUACAAUAUUCAGAAACUACUGAAAGUAUAUGGAAACAACUUAAUAAUAGAUAUGGAGCUGUAAAUGGGACCAAGCUCAAAAAGGUCUGGGAUGAACUAGGGGUUAUGUGCACCACUCAUGCAAAUUCAUGUGUUUAUGCUGCAAAAGAGGGCCUUCAAAGGGAGAAAGAGGAGGACAAAGUCCAUCAAUUUUUCAUGGGCCUGAAUGAGGUGUAUGUAGGGGUUAGGAGCAAUCUGUUGAUGAUGCAACCCCUGCCCUCUCUUGAUAGUGUGUAUAAUAUUCUUCUCCAAGAUGAAAAGUAG